AUUAAUGUUACCAAAAUGCAGUUAACAUUUAUAUAUGCGAAUAAAUCUUUUCAUUUUAACUUUAUCAUUUUAUUUAAAUUACUACAUUAUCAGCAGGCAGCUUUGACUGGCAAUGUAAAUGAUGAUGUACAUCAUGCAGAGAGCUCAGAUGAAGAACAGGAAAUUCUGUCUGACAAUAUGAAUGAUGUUUUGCACUAUGCAAAUAGCUCGGGGGAAGAAGAGAUUGGUGAAGCAGACAAUGAUGUUAAUUUUGAUGAAAACAGUAAUGAAUAUAAUGUCAACGAUAAUUUAUUUACCGAUCCUUUGUAUGAAGAAAAAAUUCUACCUGAUUCUGCAAUUACAGUUGGCGGUGCAAUCGCUCUUAUAAUGGCCUUUGUUUUGCGGCAUAGCUUGACAAAACUUGCUUUGGAUGAUUUGCUUAGUCUAUUGCAUAUUUUUAUACCUCAUUUAUUGUUACCAAAAACUAGGUAUUUGUUUGAUAAAAUAUUUAGUGUUUGCCAAGGCAAACUGGAACAACAUUUCUAUUGUAAUAAAUGCUUUACAUGUACAUAUUUGGGUACCACUAUAAGUGAUUUUGAUGUUUGUCCAGUUUGUGAAGUUGAUGUACAAAGUAGUUUGAACAGAGAUUUUUUUCUUGUGCUGCCACUUGAACAUCAGUUACGUGAAAUGUUAGAAAAUAGUAAUUUAUUUGAUCUUAUUCAGUAUCAUUUUGAUCGUGUUAAAAUCAAUGCAGACAACAUUGAGGACAUUUAUGAUGGAUCUUCAUAUAAAUCUAUUGCAGAGUUGCAACAGACAAUAAAUAUGUCAUUAACAUGGAAUUGUGAUGGAGCAAGUGCUUUCAGGUCAUCUAUAAAAAGUAUUUGGCCUUUGCAAUGUGUAAUAAAUGAGUUGCCUUUUAACAUUCAAAGGAAGCAUGUGUUGUUAACAUUAUGGUUUGGUGCUAAGCCUAAAAUAAAUACGUUUUUAAAGGUGUUUGUCGAAGAAUGUUCAAAAUUAGCAAGUAGUGGUUUUUGUGGUUUAAUAAGGCUCAGAAUAAAAAUAUAG